AUGCGCCGCACAGCAUUGCGGGCUAUCGAGUCCACGAAGCCACUGGCACGAGCUCCUCGCGCCGUGUCAAGAAGCUUCGCUACCGCCAAUGACUCGGCCAAGGACCCUGCCGAGUUAGAACAAAUCACUACACUUCCGAACGGAGUUCGCGUCGCCACGGAAUCAUUACCAGGUCCCUUCGCUGGUGUCGGAGUCUACGUCGAUGCCGGAUCCCGUUACGAAGAUGCGAGUCUGCGCGGAGUCAGUCAUAUCAUGGAUCGCCUAGCCUUCAAGUCCACCAAGGCCCGUAGCGGAGAUGAAAUGCUUGAGAUUCUCGAGUCUCUUGGCGGCAACAUCCAGUGCGCUUCGUCCCGGGAGUCAUUGAUGUACCAGUCUGCCAGUUUCAACUCAGCAGUCCCCACCACACUCGGUCUGCUUGCAGAGACUAUCCGCGAUCCUCUUAUCACCGAAGAGGAGGUUCUCCAACAGCUCGCAACUGCAGAGUACGAGAUUGGUGAGAUCUGGGCGAAGCCUGAACUCAUCCUCCCGGAAUUGGUGCACAUGACUGCAUAUGCCGACAACACCCUUGGAAACCCCUUGUUGUGCCCUGAGGAACGUUUAGGUGAAAUCAACAAAGCCGUGGUGGAGCGCUACAGGGAGGUUUUCUUCAACCCGGAUCGGAUGGUAGUUGCGUUUGCUGGAGUGCCACAUGUGGAGGCUGUUAGACUCACAGAGCAAUAUUUCGGCGACAUGAAGCCGAGUAACAUUGGCAAGACAACGGGUCCUGUCCUCUCAGGCAGUGGGAUCGAAACCACACUCUCUGAUUCCCCAGCGGCUGCCCAGGAAGGCCAGGUGCCGACCGUUCCCUCGUUCACGCCCUCAUCGACUAUCAGCAGCCCGGCUGCUUCCCAAAACACACAAUCUUCCUUCUUGUCGAAGCUUCCUUUCCUCAAGAAUCUCUCUUCCUCCAAGGGCACCCCCACAGUCGAGCCACUUCACUCCUCUCUGGUCAAGCCAUCCUCGCUGGACCUCCGCCAACCUGCUCACUACACCGGUGGCUUCAUUGCCCUUCCCCCAAUUCCUCCGCCAGCAAGCCCUAUGCUUCCUCGCCUGAGCCAUAUCCACCUUGCAUUUGAGGCUCUCCCCAUCUCCUCACCCGAUAUCUAUGCUCUCGCUACCCUUCAGACUCUUCUUGGUGGUGGUGGCUCAUUCUCAGCCGGUGGCCCUGGCAAGGGUAUGUACUCGCGACUUUACACUAACGUGUUGAACCAACACGGUUGGGUCGAGAGCUGCAUCGCUUUCAACCACAGCUACACAGACAGUGGAAUCUUCGGAAUCACCUCAUCUUGCAGCCCGACCCGGGUAACGGAGAUGCUCGAGGUCAUGUGCCGUGAACUGCAGUCCCUGACUCUGGACACUGGAUACAGCUCGCUACAAGCUCAGGAAGUUAACCGUGCGAAGAACCAGCUCCGCUCAUCCUUGCUGAUGAACUUGGAGUCUCGGAUGGUCGAGCUUGAGGAUCUUGGACGCCAAGUGCAGGUCCACGGCCGCAAGGUCAGCGUCCGGGAGAUGUGCGCCCAAAUUGAGGCCCUCACUGUCGAGGAUCUCCGCCGUGUUGCUCGCCAGGUCUUUGGUGGCCAGGUUCACAACAAUGGUAAGGGCACUGGUAAGCCUACUGUCGUUCUCCAGGAGGGCGAGUUGGAAGGCUACAAGCUCCGAUCCUUCCCCUGGGAGGAGAUCCAGGAACGGAUUGCCCGUUGGAAGCUUGGACGGAGGUAA